AUCGCAUAAAUAUUCCUUUUUCAAAUACAGCGCUGUAUUUCACGUCGAUUCUGAUUUCCGUAAAGAAAGGUUAGUCCUUUUCCGGGUGGGUAGCAUAUCGAGCAAAAUGGGUAAACCUCGUGGUCUUCGUACUGCACGUAAGCAUGUAAACCAUAGGCGUGAUCAACGAUGGAACGAUAAAGACUACAAGAAGGCUCACUUGGGAACAAGGUGGAAGGCCAAUCCAUUUGGUGGUGCUUCCCAUGCUAAGGGUAUUGUUUUAGAAAAAGUAGGUGUGGAAGCUAAGCAGCCAAACUCUGCUAUUCGUAAAUGUGUGAGAGUGCAGCUUAUCAAAAAUGGUAAAAAGAUCACAGCUUUUGUACCUCGUGAUGGUUGCUUAAACAAUAUUGAAGAAAACGACGAAGUCUUGGUGGCAGGAUUCGGUCGUAAGGGUCAUGCCGUGGGUGAUAUUCCGGGAGUCCGAUUUAAAGUAGUAAAAGUUGCUAAUGUUUCACUACUUGCAUUGUACAAAGAAAAGAAAGAACGACCCCGGUCAUAAAUUCAUUGUCAUGUAUUUCCAAUACAUCUAUAUAAAUUUUUAAAUAAA